GAGGGGGUUACAUCAGAUCACAGCACAGCGGGACUCGGCUUGAGCAGAAAUCUGACCUGAGCAAAGCAUUUAACCCACACAACCACGGAGCCUUCUGUCGCACUUUAUCCUUCUGCGUUGAAAAUGUAACGCAGAGCAAAGCAUGUACGCACACGCAUCUUUUCUGAGGCGCAGCGAAGCGGCGCGGGGUCUCGCCACCGGCGGCUCCCUGAAAACAUCUGCGUCCUUUGUGGCGAUCGGUGUGACGCUAUGGUUUAUUAAGCUCCUGCUCUGCGCCGGUCAACUGAGAGCACAGCUCGGGACCACCCCCAACAUCAAACACAUAGUGCUUGGAAGGUGCUACAAUUACAUUACGCUGGUUGACCCCAGCUUGAGGUAUGACUGUGAGGACAUCUGGAGACAGUUUGAGGAGGCGGUUGUCCGUCAGUCCUCUUGUAAUGUGACAGCGGAGGAUUAUCAUCAGGUGUUUUAUGCGAUGCCACAAGCCUGGCCUUGUGAUAGGUUCCUCUUCUGGAGUAAAACCAGGACGCUGAUGCACAGCUACGCAGCUGUUGUACGACACUUCUGGACACUGGAGGACACCCUGGUCGGCUACAUGUUCAACGACCUCAUCUGGUGUGGGCAAGAGGAAGACUCCGGUUUUGAUUUCAGCUCUUGUCCGGAUUGGUCGGCAUGCAGGAAUCAUCCGGUGUAUUCCUUGUGGAGGCAAGCCUCGCAAAACUUUGCAGAAAUGGCAUGCGGCAACAUCACUGUGUUACUGAAUGGGUCUAUUGUCAACGCCUUCAACAGGAAAAGCAUGUUUGGAAGUGUUGAACUGGACGGUCUGAACCCACACAGGGUGGAUUACGUCAACAUCAAGGUGGUGGCCAAUCUGGAGGGACCCUUUAUAGAAUCAUGUAGUCAAGGAUCCAUUGUAGACCUGAUCCAGAUCCUCCAGUCCAGAGGCUUCCGCUGGACUUGCACAGACAACGAUCAGACCCUGAUGAUCCUUCAGUGCAUCCAGAACCCCAAACAGUCCUCCUGCCAAACAUGUGCAAACAGCCUGUUGCCAAGAAGGAGCCUCACAUUUGACUGAAUCACCCACAGAUUUUGCAUGUUUUCUGAUAUUUUCUGGUCUUGUGCUCAUGGAAGUGCAUUAAAUUAACUGGGUGCUGAAAAGA